CGGGUGGGCGGUACUAGAGGACAACCCGCGGGAAACAGAGAGGAAGAAGCUUCAGUUUUUCCCGCGAAACGUCCUCACAGAGCCUGGUUCUUCCUGUCUGUUCGGCUCCGGUUUUGUUCCAGAAAAGCGACUUUUUGCUUCAGCUUCAGCAUGUCUGGCUUCGACGACCCCGGCGUUUACUACAGCGACAGCUUCGGCGGAGGAGAGGGACCCGGCGGGGAUGAAGGCGGGCAGAAGCGGGUCCAGAUCAAGAAGCGGUUCCGAGAGUUCCUGCGUCAGUUCAGAGAGGGAACCGACAGCACCGGGUUCACAUACAAAUACAGAGAUGAGCUGAAGCGACAUUACACUUUAGGGGAGUUCUGGUUGGAGGUAAAGCUGGAGGAUCUUGCCAGCUUUGAUGAAGAUCUGUCAGACUGCCUUUAUAAGCUUCCAACUGAGAACCUGCCAUUGCUGGAGGAGGCUGCUAAGGAGGUGGCUGAUGAGGUGACCCGACCCCGACCUGCAGGGGAGGAGACGGUUCAGGACAUCCAGGUCAUGCUGAAGAGUGACGCUCACCACGCCUCCAUCCGAAACCUGAAGUCCGAGCAAGUGUCCCGUCUAGUGAAGGUCCAUGGCAUCAUCAUUUCUGCUACAGCAGUCAAGGCGAAGGCCACCAAGGUGUGCCUGCAGUGCCGCGGCUGCCGCAACGUCAUCCCCAACAUCCCCCUGCCCCCGGGCCUGCAGGGCUACGCUCUGCCCAGAAAGUGCAACAGUGAGAACGCCGGCCGAGUGAAGUGUCCCGUGGAUCCGUACUUCAUCAUUCCAGACCGCUGCGUGUGCGUGGACUUCCAGACGCUGCGCCUGCAGGAGUCUCCGGAUGCUGUGCCGCACGGGGAGAUGCCGCGUCACCUGCAGCUCUACUGUGACAGGUACCUGUGUGACCGCGUGGUGCCGGGAAACCGAGUGACCAUCAUGGGCAUCUACUCCAUCAAAAAGGUGGCUACUGUAAAGUCCAAAGGCAGAGAAAAGGGCGUUGGCGUGGGGAUUCGUUCCUCUUACCUGCGAGUUAUUGGCAUCCAGGUGGACACAGAAGGAGCAGGCCGCGGUGCCACCGGAUCCAUCUCUGCACAAGAGGAAGAAGAGCUGAGAACUUUAUCUACCUCUCCCAACAUCUACAGCUCUCUGGCGCAGUCUGUUGCUCCUUCCAUCUACGGGAGCGACGAUCUGAAGAAGGCCAUCACCUGUCUGCUGUUCGGAGGCUCGAGAAAGAGGUUACCUGACGGUCUGACUCGCAGAGGGGACAUUAACCUGCUGAUGCUGGGAGAUCCUGGUACAGCCAAAUCCCAGCUGCUCAAGUUUGUGGAGAGAUGCUCACCGAUCGGGGUGUAUACAUCAGGUAAGGGCAGCAGUGCAGCUGGGCUCACCGCCUCCGUGCUGAGAGACCCCAGCACCCGUGGGUUCAUCAUGGAGGGAGGGGCCAUGGUGCUGGCGGAUGGUGGCGUCGUUUGCAUCGACGAGUUCGACAAGAUGAGAGAGGACGACAGAGUGGCGAUCCACGAGGCCAUGGAGCAGCAGACCAUCUCCAUCGCUAAGGCCGGCAUCACCACCACCCUGAACUCCCGCUGCUCGGUGCUGGCGGCCGCCAACUCUGUCUUCGGCCGCUGGGACGACACCAAAGGCGAGGACAACAUCGACUUCAUGCCCACCAUCCUGUCUCGCUUCGACAUGAUCUUCAUCAUCAAGGACCAGCACGACCAGCAGAGAGACAUGACGCUGGCUCGCCACGUGAUGAACGUCCACCUGAGCGCGCAGACGCAGACAGAGGCAGUUGAGGGCGAGAUUCCACUCGCCACCUUUAAGAAAUACAUCGCCUACGCCAGAGCUAAAUGUGGCCCUCGACUCUCUGCGGCAGCGGCUGAGAAGCUAAAAAACAGAUAUGUGGUGAUGAGGAGUGGCGCCCGAGAUCACGAACGAGAGAUGAACAAAAGACCCUCCAUCCCCAUCACUGUCAGGCAGCUGGAGGCCAUCGUUCGCAUCGCAGAGUCUCUGGCCAAAAUGAAGCUGCAGGCUGUGGCUGGAGAGGAGGAGGUGGACGAGGCCCUCAGGCUCUUCCAGGUUUCCACGCUGGAUGCCGCUAUGUCCGGAAGCCUCUCCGGAGUGGAGGGCUUCACCUCUCAGGAAGACCAGGAGAUGAUCUCCCGCAUCGAGAAGCAGCUGAAGAGGCGCUUCGCCAUCGGCUCGCAGGUGUCCGAGCACAGCAUCGUGCAGGACUUCACCAAACAGAAAUAUCCAGAGCACGCCAUCUACAAGGUCCUCCACCUGAUGCUGAGGAGAGGAGAGCUGCAGCACCGCAUGCAGAGGAAGGUCCUCUACAGAGUCAAAUGAAGCAGAAGCUGUUCGGUGUCGAUGAUGAUGAUGAUGAUGAUGAUGAUGAUGAUGUACAUAGUUCUGAUCUAUUGUUCAAAUAUCUUCAUUUCUGUUUAAUAAGAAACUGAUGUAAUCCUGCAGCAUUUGUAAAGAGAAAACGGUCAAUAAAACCAGCUAAUUCAG